GGGCCUCUGUUGGAGUGUCAUUUUCCUAUAUAUACUCUCGAGGUAGUAAGAACACAGACCAAAAUCUCUCCUUCACAAUCUUUUCCAAUCUAUUUCCAUAGUUUAUUUGCAAGACCGCGCAUCCUCCCCCUCUUUCCAUCUCUUUUCCUGCUGAGGAUGUCUGUUUCUUGAAAUAGCUUUUGUUUUACACCACACCUUCUUCGAUCUUUUUAUUUCCCCUCUUCUUUUUCCUACCCCUGAGCAUAGCUAAAGGUUUUCUUUUCUCUUUGCAUUUAUACUUCUAUUCUACAGAUCACUCCCGCCACACCCCCCCCCCCCCCCCCCCCCCCCCCCCCAUCUCUUUCUUUCAAAGGGUUGAGAAACACCCAUUUUGAAAAGUCACAGCUAUUUGGGUUUGCCUGGGUGUGAGUUUUUUCCCCUUGAAUUCUAUUAAUUGGAGGAGGCCGGUUUCAGUACUUGGCGUCAGAACCAGCACCAGCUUGAGAGAACUUCUGAACAAAAAAAUGUUCCGGAAAGACAAUAUUUUUGAAGAACCUUCUUUGCAUCCGAUUCCUGAUCUUUCGCUGCACAUAAGCCCUCCAAAGAGUGCCCCUUCCUCAAUUUGCACUGGAACGCAUGAAGGGGAUUCGAGCUUCGACUUUUGGCGCAAAGAUGACAGCCUGAAAUCCCACAGCGACAGUUCCAUCAGAGACAGCAGUAUUCAAGCUGAGACCGAGCUUUCUCUAUCAAACCCCACAUGUGGUUUGGAGGUUGAGAGUCCAUGGAGAAGAAACUUCUGCACUGGCGGGGAAGAAGGUCAAAAAAGGCAUAUAAAUCAUGGGAUUUCAUCAGUACCGUUUGAUCAUGUUCGGGAGGGAGUCAAACCCAUAAAAGGAAUUCCUGUGUUCUCUUCUUUGGAUCAUUUUAAAGAGAGGGAUAAGUUUUGCUUCAACCAAAUGGCAUAUCCGUCUUGUGCUUCUACUCGUUCUUCUGCUUCCUUCAGUCCUUUUGGUGCAGGGGGUUUUGAACCUCCAGUGUCAAGGUAUAAUGGGAUAACCAUGGAGAAUCUAAGAGCCCAACAGUUUCAAUAUCUGCAACAACAACACCAAUAUGCUGUUGGGGCCUCGGAUUUCUCAAAUGGCUUCAUAAGAUCAAGAUUUAUGCCAAAACUGCAGAGUAGGAGGAAUAUGAGGGCACCAAGAAUGCGCUGGACAAGUUCUCUCCAUGCUCGGUUUGUUCAUGCUGUGGAGCUCCUUGGUGGCCAUGAAAGGGCAACUCCAAAGUCAGUUUUAGAGCUAAUGGAUGUCAAAGAUCUUACGCUUGCUCAUGUCAAGAGCCAUUUACAGAUGUAUCGAACUGUUAAGAACACUGACAAACCUGCUGCUUCCUCAGAUUACGAGCUUGAUCGAUCUGAAUAUGUCAGUGGUUUGCAUGUAUUAGAUGGAUCUGGGGAUGAAGAUUUCUUGAACACAACGCCGGCCCUACAGCAAAAUGAGAACUGUCUGCUCAAUCAAAGAAGAGAUAAUUCAUCAAAUGCUGCUUUAGAACAUGAAAUGGGAUACCCUUCUCAUCCCUGGAGUAACUCUUCCAGUGGAGGGUCAUGGGUGCAAGCCAGUUCGAGGAAUCUGGAUAAAAUAAGACCAGAAAUGCUGCCAUCUCAACUAAGAUCUGGAGACCAAUUUGAGGUAAGUGAUCAUCAUUUUGCCCAAUCAAGAAACUCCAAAAGAUCAAGUUUUGAUCACCUCAAGAAUCCUAGCUUGGAGUUCACUUUAGGGAGACCCGACUGGCACAGCAAUGAACACGACUAAUUUCAAUUAAUGGUAUGGCCAUAAAUAUUGUUUUAGUAUUUCCAAGAUAAGGAAGUAGAGGCAGGAAAGAGCACUAAUAUAUAAUAUUAAUAUAGGUACUACAGUUAGUCAUGAGCCACUAAGAAAAAUCAUGAUCUCUCUAUAAGUUUUUUUUUUUUUUUUGGGUUUUUGGGGGUUUAUGAUCUUCUUCUGUAACUUGCUUUCAAGUCUGUACAUACUUCUUGUGCUAAAAGCUGCUCAUGGUUGUGAGGUAAUGUGAAUCGGUAAAUUUCAUGAAUGAAGCUGCAAAAAGCAGACGAAAAGAAAAGAAAAAAGAAGGAAGGAAUCAGUUAUAAUGGUGCA